AGCUGGUCCUGGGGGCUUCCGCUGAAUGUCAAUGUUUGGCUUGAAAACGAGAAAGAAGGUCAACAAGAAUUCCCAGGAGGGGCCGAAGUCUAAAGAGUCGGAAGCGGCAUCUUCCAGUCAACCUCCUGAACGCUCCCUUCGUCGGAACCUUUCGGAGAAGGAGAAUCGCCUGCCUGCGCGCCUGGCAGGUUUGCUGGAAAAGAGGAGCAAGGAGAAGAAAGAAUCAAAAGAACCUCCUCCUCCCGACCUCUUUGACCCUGAGGAUUGGGCGGAGCCCUCCGAGCGUGGCGCCUCUGCCGAGCCGCGGAAGGGCUUGAAGACACAGGGAGCAGGAGAAGAAUCUCUACAAGCACAAGAGGAGGAGAUUGUGGUCAAUGCCAUUGACAUGGAGACCACGGAAGCUGCGCCUCCAGAACCAGCUGGAACAUCUCUGGCGCACUUCUUAGCUCGAUCAGCGUUGGAGGAUGCCUUGGCCGUGGAUGAAAGCUUGCCAUGGCGGCGUGGGCGGUUGGUGUUGCUGGGCCAAGGGCGAGCUGGCAAAACCUCUACAGUGCGAUCCUUGGUGGGGAAACCCUUCGAUGAGGCGCAGAACUCCACCCUGGGAGUAGAAACCAGUAGCUGCGAGAUUCACCGCAGCGAUGCGGUGAAUUGGCACGAGACAGAGGGCCACAGCAGCGAGACCGAGGGGCUGUUGAAGCAGCUGCUGCAUCGCCCCGACCGGGCUCCGCCGGCGGAGGACAAAGCUGCGAAGGCAGCGGAGGAGGUUCCGAAACCUGAACGAAGCGGGAGCCGGCGUCUACCUGAGGACGCCAAAAGAGUGGAAGAGCAACGAAAACGAAGCGCAUCCUCUGUGGCCCUGGCGGGUCGACUCCCCAUCGAGGAGGUGGCCACCAGAUUGGAACAGCAGAUGACGUCUCAGAGCACCGGGCAUUCGAUCACAUUUUCCACCUGGGAUUUUGGUGGUCAAUCGGUGUUCCACAACCUGCAUCAUUUGUUCCUGUCCCGCUACUCGGUGUACCUGGUGGUCUUUAAGAUGCCCCACAUGAUGAAGGAUCCGCAGAGGGCUGUGGAGAUGAUUCGAUACUGGUUGAACAGUUUGGCCUUGCAUGCGAAGGGUGCACCUAUCCUGUUGGUCGGGACUCACAAAGACCAGGUGAAGACUUCUGAGGAGCAUAAAAAGAUCAGCGAAAUGCUGCUUGAAAUCUUGGGCGAUCGUUUGGUGGAACAAGUCACCCCCUUUGCCAAGGAGCAGGAGGACGGCCUUUGGUUCUACCCAAUCGACAACUCUCUAAGCGGCGCCCGAAGUCCUGAUCCCGUGGUGGCGGAGCUGAGACAUGCCAUCGAGGUGGUGGCGAAGGAAGAUCCGGAGGAGUACCUGGAACGACCCAUCCCCAUUCGUUGGCGCGGUAUCUUGGACAUCUUGCUGAAGCAGGAGGAGUCCUUCUUAACAAUGACUGAGAUGAAGCGAAUGGCAGCGGAACAAUGCCUUCCGGCUUGGCAGUUGAUGCCAAUGCUGGAAAUGUUCCACGAACUUGGCGUCCUUUUUCACUUUUCCACACCUGCGGAGCUGAGAGAAAUUGUGAUUCUGCAGCCUCAAUGGCUGGUCAGUGGCAUGUGUCAGGUGAUUUUUGACUGGAGCCUUCAUGAACAAGAACACCACAAAGUCAUCAAACUGGAAAUGAAGUCCGCGUACGAUUCCUGGAGGGAAAAAGGCAUGGUGACCCGGCGCCUGUUGGACCGACUAUGGGAGUUUGGCUUCGAAGAGCCACAUCUGAAGGCGUUCCUACUGAGAUUUAUGGAGGAGGUGGCCUUGGUAUGUGAGGUGGACCCAGGCACUUUCCUGGUUCCCUGCCUGUUGCCACCGGCUGCUGCCGUGGAAACCGCAGCGCCGCAGAGUUUCGUGCUGGAUUUUGGGGCCUCCUUCCUUCCAGACAGCCUCUUCCGACGGCUGAUUUGCUAUGCGGUGCAGAAAUCCAGUCGCAAAGACCGGCUGAGACUCUUCGCGUCGCACGGCUUCCUAUCGUUCGAAGGCCAUGAUUGCUGCAUUCACGCCAAGCUGGAAAGCGAUGAGAUUCAAGUGGAUUUGUCCUCGCAAAGUGACACGGGACCUUGGCUGGUGCUCCAUACCAUCACCAAUUUGGUGGAACACUUGCGACUGGACUUCAUGAAGGAAAUCCGGUAUGAGGUGUUGCUAUGCCACCCGCAGAAUCGGCAGAUGAGAGUGAAGAAAGAGGAUGUGGAGAGUGCUCGGGAGAAAGGCCAAGCGAAAUUUCGGCCGAAGGGGACCACGCGGGUGGUCCAAACAGCCGAUUUCGAUGCCUUUUUUAAUGCCCAGUCACAACCGCCCAGCAUCUUAGUUGACUCCCAAUGGCGACAGCUGAAGAGCACAUGGCCUUUCCUCGCAAGGCAUGAGCAUCAGUUUGGAUCUGCAGAACGGACGGCCCUGUAUUGCUACCUCCGCGAUCCUGCACACUGGGGGAUCUCAUGGUCAGCUUUAGAAAGCAUUGAGAAUGAUGCCAAACAACACUUUGGUUCCACUUACCGCGACAAAUCGAUGUGGCACGUGGUUCAAGAAAUCGUGAAGCCCAGCUGUGCCCAGACUGGGGCGCCUAUGACCUUGGUCCGGAACGGGUGGCAAGUGCUGCCUGUACAGGAUUUUGUGACGCACUGUUGGAGAGAGCCUUUCCACGAAUUUAUGGACUCCCUUCGACAUGCUUAUGACGUGAAUGUGGUGAAACCCAACCUCUUCAUUUGCGCCUUUUCACUCUUUCAAGGAGAUGUGAGUGACAUUGAACAAGCUUUGGGCCAAUCCAUUCCCCAAGCUCCCUUUGUCAAGGCGCUGAGAUCGGCCGAGAGAUAUGUUGUGGUGCGCAACCGCAUGGAAGAUCUGUACACUCGUGCUUGGUGCCUGGUGGAAUAUAUUUAUGCCAAGAAGUUUGGCUUCUACAAGGACAAGGUUUUAAUCACAGGUCCCAAUGAUUUUUCUGAUUCCCAAACGACCUGCACACAGAUCCGGGCCAGUAAUGAGGAGGAUCGCCUAAAGAUCUUCAAGUUCAUCAUGGACGAAGGGGGUCCCUCGGUGAUCGACCCACAGAUCUCGGAGUUUCGGGCCUUUGAUGCUCGCUUUGGUUCUCCCGUAUGAAGUGGUCGCGAUGCUCUCCAAGGGACAUCGCCACUGCGGAUGCGGCGUGGGUCAAGAUUGAUCCCAUGACCGGUUUUGGAUAUUUUGGAUUUUGGGCCAUGAUAUCAUGAUAUCCCAUGGGUUACAGAUUUUGGGUUCAACUUGCGAUUUUCC